CACAUCUCGCGUUGGCUCAGUCUUGUUUUAAUCUAAACAGGAAGUCUGUCUGACCCCAGUGCAGUUGUAAGCAAGCGUAGGAUCGGAAUCUAUUCUGUCAAGUGUCAACCCUUCCUGUCCUCAUUUCUGACUAAAUACUCAGCUAGCUAGUCGGCUAGCUUGACUUCACGUCCAUCUGCGUUGGUUUCACACCCGAAGGUGUUUUAUCGUUGGGUUCGUUACUGAUCGGGCGCCGGGAUGGCGUUUUUGGAGAAGCAGUCCCCGGGAAGGGUGCUAUUGGAUGAUACGGUGGCCCUUACAGCACUGAUCGAAGCCAGCCAAAAUCUACAAUCUCACACGGAAUACAUAAUCCGUGUACAGAGGGGUGUGUGUACAGAAAACAGUUGGCAGGUCAUAAAGCGAUACAGCGACUUUGAUAUGCUGAAUAGCAGUUUGUUGGUCUCUGGCGUCAGCCUGCCUCUACCACCUAAGAAGUUGCUAGGUAACAUGGACAGAGAGUUCAUAGCAGAGAGACAGAGAGGACUACAGGUCUACCUAGACUUUAUUACCCAGCAUCACAUCCUAGCCACCUGCCAACUGGUCAAGAAGUUCCUCGACACCAACAACUACUCUGCCAACUAUACAGAAAUUGCCUUACAGCAGGUGUCCAUGUUCUUCAGGUCGGAUCCUAAGUGGGAGGUGGUGGAGCCUUUGAAAGACAUUGGGUGGAGGAUACGGAAGAAAUAUUUCUUAAUCAAAAACAAAGAACAACCCAAGGAACGUCAAGUGUUGAGUUGGGUUGACUUUGGUCCAGAUAAAUUCCUGUCAGACAAAGAUCUUCAGUCGACCGUGAAGCUCCUACCCAGCCUCACUAAUCCGUACAUCUACCCGGUGACGUUUGCCAACACCAGUGAGUUGUCUGCUCUGGUCAUCAGGAUGUUUAACGAAAAAGGAACUCUGCGGGAUCUCAUAUGUAAGGUGAAGCCUAAAGAGGCCUUCAUGAGGAAGCACUGCAACCCGAAGAAGAUCCAGGGACUGGAGCUGCAGCAGAUCAGGACGUACGGACGACAGAUUCUGGAGGUUCUGAAGUUCCUCCAUGACAAAGGCUUUCCGUACGGUCACCUCCAUGCUUCUAACAUAGUGAUAGAAGACAACACGUGUAAAGUACUGGACAUAGAGAACGGCCUGCUGGGCCUGCCCUCGUACUACCGGCCCUACAUCACACAGUUCAGGAAAAUCAACACGACAGAGAGUAUAGACGUAUACUCUUUUGGACACUUACUGUAUGAAAUGACGUACGGAAGACCUCCUGAUGCUGUGCCUGUCGACCAGUACCCUGCUGUGACUUACACCUCAGUGGUGUCUGUGCUGCAAUCCAUCCUGUCCACAGAUGCCUGUAAGACUGGGAUGCCCACUGUUGCACAACUGCUGCAGACACCGCUGUUCAGCGAUGUGCUGCUGUUUCACUCAGAGAAACUCCAGUUCAAAAUCCCCAACAAAUUAAGAGACGCCUUGAAAACUGCCAAAGAGUGCAUGGAAAAGCGACUCCAAGAAGAGCAGAAAACGAACCAGCAGCACAGGAGGCUGACCAGAGCUCAGUCCCACCACGGCUCAGAGGAGGAGAAGAGGAGGAGGAAGAUACUGGCCAGAAAGAAGUCCAGACAGUCGGCCUAUGAGAACGAGGAGGAUCAUUCUGUGAAGUUCAACAACAACUCUGGUUCAGGAGCCAGCUCCCCACCGACCUCUCCCUCCUCCCCCACCCCUCCUCACACUACAGGAGUUGCACCACCACCUCCUCCUCCUCCUCCUCCUCUACCUCCUCCAAGUGAUAACCCUGGCCAGUCCCACCCCCCUCCGCAUCCUCCUCUCCCUGGGUCAGGUCCUCCUCCUGCCAACGGUAUGGGGCGUGGUGCCCUCCUCAGCUCCAUCACAUCAUUCAGUAUAGGCAAACUGAAGAAAGCAGGGACCAUCGACCGCAGCAACGCUCUGAAGAGGAUCGCUCUUCCUUCUCGUCCUGACCCUGUGGUCCCAGUCACCCCUAAAGGUUACCUGUCGUCCUGACCCUGUGGUCCCAUCCACCCCUAAAGGUUACCUGUCGUCCUGACCCUGUGGUCCCAGUCACCCCUAAAGGUUACCUGUCGUCCUGACCCUGUGGUCCCAGUCACCCCUAAAGGUUACCUGUCGUCCUGACCCUGUUGUUAGAACCACCCCUAAAGGUUACCUGUCGUCCUGACCCUGUGGUCCCAUCCACCCCUAAAGGUUACCUGUCGUCCUGACCCUGUGGUCCCAGUCACCCCUAAAGGUUACCUGUCGUCCUGACCCUGUGGUCCCAGUCACCCCUAAAGGUUACCUGUCGUCCUGACCCUGUGGUCCCAUCCACCCCUAAAGGUUACCUCUCAUCCUGACCCUGUGGUCCCAGUCACCCCCAAAGGUUACCUGUCGUCCUGACCCUGUGGUCCCAGUCACCCCUAAAGGUUACCUGUCGUCCUGACCCUGUGGUCCCAGUCACCCCUAAAGGUUACCUGUCGUCCUGACCCUGUGGUCCCAGUCACCCCUAAAGGUUACCUGUCGUCCUGACCCUGUGGUCCCAGUCACCCCUAAAGGUUACCUGUCGUCCUGACCCUGUGGUCCCAUCCACCCCUAAAGGUUACCUCUCAUCCUGACCCUGUGGUCCCAGUCACCCCCAAAGGUUACCUGUCGUCCUGACCCUGUGGUCCCAGUCACCCCUAAAGGUUACCUGUCGUCCUGACCCUGUGGUCCCAGUCACCCCUAAAGGUUACCUGUCGUCCUGACCCUGUUGUUAGAACCACCCCUAAAGGUUACCUCUCAUCCUGACCCUGUGGUCCCAUCCACCCCUAAAGGUUACCUGUCAUCCUGACCCUGUGGUCCCAGUCACCCCUAAAGGUUACCUGUCGUCCUGACCCUGUGGUCCCAUCCACCCCUAAAGGUUACCUGUCGUCCUGACCCUGUUGUUAGAACCACUUAUAAAGGUUACCUCUCAUCCUGACCCUGUGGUCCCAUCCACCCCUAAAGGUUACCUGUCGUCCUGACCCUGUUGUUAGAACCACUUAUAAAGGUUACCUGUCAUCCUGACCCUGUGGUCCCAGUCACCCCUAAAGGUUACCUCUCAUCCUGACCCUGUGGUCCCAUCCACCCCUAAAGGUUACCUGUCGUCCUGACCCUGUGGUCCCAGUCACCCCUAAAGGUUACCUCUCAUCCUGACCCUGUGGUCCCAUCCACCCCUAAAGGUUACCUGUCGUCCUGACCCUGUUGUUAGAACCACUUAUAAAGGUUACCUGUCAUCCUGACCCUGUGGUCCCAGUCACCCCUAAAGGUUACCUGUCGUCCUGACCCUGUGGUCCCAGUCACCCCUAAAGGUUACCUGUCGUCCUGACCCUGUGGUCCCAACCACCCCUAAAGGUUACCUGUCGUCCUGACCCUGUGGUCCCAGUCACCCCUAAAGGUUACCUGUCGUCCUGCUCAAUCACUUUUUUGCUCCUUCAGUUUUUUUUCUUCUAAAUUUAGUUCCUGUCCGAUGAGUUGACCCCCGGCCCUUAAGGUUUGAGGUAGGGGAUGGGGCAUCAACUCCUUUCCAAUAUGGCCGCCUAGGUUGGUUCUCCCUUUAGCACAAAAAUGACUGGUCAGUGGACUGUACAGGUGGUUUAAAGAUGAGGUGGCAUCAGACAAGUCUGGUGUCUAUCUGGAAGACUGCAGUGAAUGACUUAUGAUUUCAGUGGAGCUUGUUUCUUCUUAUUUACAGCGAAGUGACUUGACUGGAACGUACAAGCAACUGUGAGGGAAGUGAUGCAGAAAGCAAGCAUAUGAACCGCAGGUGUUUUAGAGGGACUCUGACCUGACAUCCACCAACCAACAGCAUGUCAUCACAGUGAGACGACUAUGAAAGAACUGUCUGUGUCAUCACAGUGAGAUGACUAUGAAAGAACAGCGUGUCAUCACAGUGAGACGACUAUGAAAGACCAGCGUGUCAUCACAGUGAGACGACUAUGAAAGACCAGCGUGUCAUCACAGUGAGACGACUAUGAAAGACCAGCGUGUCAUCACAGUGAGACUAUGAAAGAACUGUCUGUGUCAUCACAGUGAGACGACUAUGAAAGAACUGUCGGUCUGUAUUAUUGUUUGUUGGACAGUUGUACGUCAAUGUUUAUUGUAUCUGUAUUCUUUAUCUUUUUUGUUUUCUUGGAAUGAAUGGAAGGAGAUGUGAUGCUGUUUGGACUGUCUGUGUUGCUUAUGUCUAUGUGCCACAUUCAUCUCUGUGCCUGCUUCCCAAAUGGCACCCCAUUUCCUAUAUAGUGCACUACUUAGUAGUAGUCUGCUAUAAAGGGGAAUGGGUGCCAUUUUCAAAUGCACACAUAGAUACAAAAAAAUCUACGUACGCUGCAAGGAUUAAAACCUUUAGAUUUACCCAUGGCCACUUGUUUAGUAAAUGAGGACCAGCAGAAAUCUGUCAUCAUUCAGUAUGCAAAAUAAUUAACCCAAAUGAUGACAUGCUGUACUUACUGGUAUUAAUCAGUAACAGUGUACAAGUUUAAGAUUCAAAUACCUUUUUUAAAAAUAUUGUUUUGCUUUUUCCUCUCAAAUAGCAGUGUAAAGAUGUUGAAGGAUUGACUAUUUCUCUGCUGCACUUUACCGAUGGGAAGGGUUUUCUCUAUGAUCCAGGAUUGACACACAACUGGGAGCAUGUAUCUAAAAAAUGGAUUCUGGUGUUUACAAGAAAUAAUCGUAAUCCUGAAAUGAGUUAACUAGCUCAUCUGCUAUUGAUCAUCAUGAUCUGGUACCUCUGCUACAUCCAACCACUGUCAGAGGAACUGAAGGGACAGUACACCCUCAAUCUGUCUGAAAAGCAACGUUACAAUCUGCAGAACUGUCUGAAAUGCUUUGUCUUGUCAACAUUACAAGAUGAACCUGUUUUCAAGAUUGAUACAUUGGCACAUUCAGGACAAUUACUAAUUGGCUGCAUUUGCACAGGCAGCACAAUUAUAUUUUGCCAAUAAUUGGUCUUUUGGCCAAUCAGAUCAUAUCCUUUGCCAAUAAUUGGGCAAAAGAUAAGAACUGGGUUGCUUGUGUAAACGCAGCCAUUGAGUUUCAUAUCUCUGCUUAUUGUUACCAGCUCUUUACAUCACUAACAGAGUGGUGUGCACUUGUAUGUACCAAUACCUAGGAUACAUUUCCCCUCAUUGUGUAAUUUUAUCCUAUUCCGCCUCUGUUUUUUCCAGUUCAGGGGUCGUCUAAGUGACGCUUCAGUAUGACAUUGUGUUUAUUUGGCAGCCGUUUCUCCAAUAAGAAUGCUCCAUAGUUUAUGUAAUUAAUAAUGCUGUUAGUUUUUAUAAUUAAGUCUAUUUCUAUCAUCGCUGCCUGCCAACCUUUCUGAUUUGCACUGCUGAGUAUGGCGUUUUGACAGUAUGGAUUAACAACUAGGUGACAGGAAAACAAAAAUAUUUUAUGAUUGAAGAUGACUGCACUUUAAGAUGAAGUUACUAAUAUUUUCCAAACCCUUUUUUGGGGGUUGGGGUGGUGGGGGUUGUAUGAAACCAUCUAUUGUCCGUCUGCUGCAUUAAAACAUAAAAAAUUCGAAAACUGUUUGGGGUUUGUAUGUUUGACUCUGCACAGCUGUGUCGGGAAAAAAAUAUAAUGUUAUCUACAUUGCCGUAUUAUACUUAUUUUAUUAAAAUCAUGGACUGAAA